GAGGAGGGGGAAGAAAAACAAAAAUAUUGUGAAAUUCACGUGCGAUUGGGAUUGUUUUUCCGUGAAAAAAUUGAGUGAAAUGGCUAAAAUAUUCACACCAACUAACCAGAUACGCCUGACAAAUGUUGCAGUGGUGAGGAUGAAGAAGGCAGGCAAGAGAUUUGAGAUUGCCUGCUACAAAAACAAAGUAAUAUCCUGGAGGAAUAAUGUGGAGAAGGAUAUCGAUGAGGUGCUACAGACACAUACAAUCUUCACGAAUGUCUCAAAGGGGCAAGUGGCUAAAAAGGAAGAUUUAGUGAAGGCAUUCGAAACAGAUGAUCAAACAGAGAUUUGCCGGCGUAUUCUGGCCCAGGGAGAGCUACAGAUCUCCGACAAGGAGAGGCACAGUCACUUGGAUUCUCUCUUUAAGGAUAUAGCCACAAUAGUUACAGACAAAUGCAUCAAUCCGGACACGAAGAGGCCCUAUCCCGUUUCAAUGAUCGAAAAAGCCAUGAGGGAUGUUCACUUCUCCGUGAAGCCCAACAGGAACAGCAAGCAACAGGCACUGGAAGUGAUCUCCCUGCUGAAGGAGAGUAUACCCAUUGAACGAGCCAGGAUGCGCCUCAAGGUUGUGGCAAGUGGAAAGGAAGCCCGGAAAGUCCGGGAGAAAGUUACUCAACUUGCCCCAACAAUUGAGCAGGAAGACUGGACAGGUGGAACCCUCUCCAUUGUCUGCCUCAUCGAUCCUGGUCACUUUCGAGCUGUCGAUGAAAUCGUCAAGAGUGAAACGAGAGGCAGCGGAAGCCUUGAACUACUCGACCUCAAGGAAGUCACCGAAGGAGAUGAGCUCCUCGAAUAAGAAUCCUGCCCAAUUUUUCUCACUCUCUGUAAAUCCAUGAAUUCAUUAAAAAACUCCCAAACAACAAAUUGGUGCCAAAAAAUUUAUUUUUUUCUUAAUAUUUCAUCAACAUUGGAAUAUUUUUUACUUGUGAUACACAAUUAUAUUUCUUAAUAUUAAUUUUACAAGAAUAAUUUCACAAAAAAAAAAAAUCUGGCUCUCUACCUUCGAGCUUUGGUAUCAAUUCAGUCAUGAAAGAUAUCAAAAUUCACAUUUAAAUAUCAAAGAGAUGGUUUUAGAAGGGGUCUUCAGAAGCAACAACACAAAAAAAGCUUAUCCACAGAGGUUUCCUCUUCAAAAAGAUUCAUAUCAUAAAAUUUACAUCAAUCUCAUUAUUUAAUAAUUACAAACAGAAAAAAAACAUUCAAUGAUAAAUUCCAUUUAGAAUUUCUCCAAUAUAUAAAAAUAUCUCUUCUAAAAAAAAAACAUUAGCAUAACUCUGGAAUUUUGUCAGAAAUUAACAAUUAAAAAAUUUGUACAAAAAUA